CUGUAAUGGAGACAAUUUCUGGAAAACUGUCUCCUAGUGCUGUAGUCCCGUAAAGAAAUAUCAACAUUCAUAGAUUUACAAAAAAACACUAGAUUUGGAAUUGAAAAAUUAGGACCUGUAUGUGAAAAUUUGCUAAAACAGAUUGAAGCAUUUAAGAAGAAAACUGAAAAUGAACGCAAUAAAGAUAACAUUAUGGAUGUUCAACACAUGAUAAAUACGCCUGGUUGCCGUAUCCCAGUUGCUAUGGUUAAUUACAAAAAACCUCACAAAAACAGAAAAAGAGGUUAUUGUGGAUAUCGUGCAGUAUUUUUAGAAAGAGAAGAUAUAGAUAAAGUCCGCGUGGUAAUAAAAGAGAAAUCCAUAAAGAAGUAUCUUAAAAGAGGCAAGAAAUAUCAUUGCUGUUAUAGAUUUUUUCAAAGGUCAACAAAACCUGGCCAUGAGCAUAGAUCUCUUAGAUUCUCAAAAUGUACAAAAAUUCAUGACAGAGAAACAAUAAACUUGGAACAAGAUUUUAUCAACGUCCAAUGUUUCGAAAACAGCAAUUACAAUCAAACUCAUCGUAUAUACGACGAUGUAUAUGCAUUCUGUAAAAAAAUUAAAGUAAAAAAUGCAACCACAUGCGGGAAACAAUACAAUGUCUUGCUCAUAGGAAUGGACUCAAUGUCUCUAUCUCGAUUUGUUCAGACUAUGACAAGAACGGCUAAGUUUGUUUAUGACAAAUUUUGGCCAAACUACAGAGGAUAUCAUAAGGUGGGUGACAACACAUUUCCGAAUUUGAUGGCUGCAUUAACAGGACAUAACAUAUCGAGUAUUAUGAAAUCAUGUUCAGGAAGGAUGGACCAGUGCAACAAUAAACUCAUUUGGUCUAUCUAUAAAAACUCAGGUUACGUAACUGCUUACGGGGAAGAUCAUUUACGAUUGCCCGAUAUUUUCAGUAAGGAUUAUAGCUUCCGAAAGUCACCUACGGACCAUUACAUGAGACCGUUUUUUCUAAAAGAAGAAAUCGAAAUAAAUAAUCAUUCUUUACUUUGCGCGGGGAAAAUCUCAUCCGGUCAGCAACUUUUGGAUUACGCAAUAAACUUCGUUUUGACUUACAAAGAUGAUCCUUUCUUUGGUUUUUUCUGGAUGAACUCAUUCAGCCACAAUAUGAAUAACCAUCCCGAAGAUGCAGACCGAAUGUUCGAAGAUUUCUUUAACCGUCUCUACUAUACGGGAGCAUUUGACAAUACCUUCAUUAUCUUUUUAAGCGAUCAUGGCAUUCGGUUCGGUGAAAACCGUAUUUUAGUAGAAUCAUAUUACGACGAUCGUCUGCCAUUGUUAUAUAUCUGGCCACCUACAACAUUUAAAAUGAAUUACCCUGAUAAAUUAAAAUCAUUACUAAUUAACCAAUUCCGAUUGAUCACUCCGUAUGAUUUGUUUGAUACGCUCUUUGAAAUAAGUAAAUUAGCGGAUUGCGAUGAAGUUGAAAAUGAAGCCGCUGAUCCAAACCACAACAGUAUAUUCAGUGUUAUUAGUCCUAAUCGCACUUGUCAGGACGUUGGCAUUCACGAUAAAUGGUGUAGUUGCCACAAUUUGUAUCCCCUUGACGCCGAAGACGCAGAGGGGAUUAGAAGUGUUCACUUUGCUGUGUCACAUAUUGUGUCUGUAAUGCAAACGAUAAAAACGAAAAGAUGUUGGAGUUGCACACAUCUUUCACUUAAAAAUGUAAGCAGAAUUCAUUUCUACUAUGACAAGAACAAAAUCAAUAUAUAUUUUGUUGUUGCAUUUUCUAUGAGCCCAAUGAAUAUUUUUUAUGAAGCUACCGUGCUACAUAAAGACUCACAGAUGUAUCUAGUUGGAUCUGUUAGCAUUAUAUCGCCUUACAAAGGUUUCGGCGACUGCACUAUCAAACAUGAAGACAGAAUUUAUUGUGUGUGUCAAAAAAACGACAACUGUCGGUUAAGUUCUAUAUUUUAAGAGAACUUUAAUAAAAGUUUAUAUAUUUUCUCCUACUGAUAGAUAUAUAAGCCUAUCUGUGAUAUUAUUAUUAUUAUUAAUUGUUUAUUUAUUAAAUAACAUAAUUUUUAUACAAUUCCAAAUGAUUAUUUUAUUUGAGCUCAUACGUUAUAGAUUAUGGAGAUUUAUUUGGAUUUUGACGUUGCUUACAAUAAAUAUAUGGCCUUAAAUAUAAUCAACUUCAUCACCAAAAAAUCGAACAAAAAUAAUUAAAUUAAAUAUUUUGUGUUCAUCAUAUUCAUCAUAAAUCUAAGAUUGCAGAGGUCAUUUGUACCAUGCGUACAAUCAUCAACAACGAAGUGUUAAUGAAAACGUAACGUUUAUAUAAACUGAAUUCGAUAAAAUAUGAUCGCUGAUCCUUGCAGUCACAUGUCAUGCGUAACAGAGUUUGGAUGUGUUAGGAGAUGUAAUUAUAUUGUACGAACGUGUGAUGUAAAUAUAGGUGCAAUACAAAUGUGUGCGGCAAUGUAAAUUAAAAUAAAAUUCAUUCAUAUUUCGUGCCAUUGAUAAAAAUAAUGUAAAUUAAACCUGCUGCGAUUUUUCUAAAAAAAUAUUUCUUGAGUGAAACUGACAUUUUUCUUUUACUUAUAAAAUAAGUAUAAACCCAAGUGAAUUGUGUCAAUAGAUAAUAAUAAAACCAGGGAGCUUUUAUUUGAAUAAGAAUCGCUUUUAAAGCGAUGGUUACUUAAAGGUAAGCAUUCUACUUUUCCAGGCUUUUAUAUUAUAAAUAUAUUGUAAAUAUUCACCACCAUAUGCACUUAUUUAUCUACGGGAAAAUCAUGAAUUUAUGUGAAUUAGGCUAUAGGUAGGUACGUAUUAUCAAGGUUGUGCCAAACACAGUGUGGUGUUUUGACUUUUGACGCUUCUACUACUUGGUUCUUGAUAUGCACAAGAGGUUGAGACAUUAGUCACUAAAAUUGUAUCAUCAUCAUCAUCAUAUUAUCAGCCGAUGGAUAUCCAUUGUCCAUUGCAGGACAUAGGCCUUUUGUAGGGCUUCCAAACAUCACGAUCCUGAGCCUCCUGCAUCUAACGAAUUGUAAUGUGUGUGACACACUUUAACAUUAGUUUCUUCCAUUCAGUAAUACAUUUUUGUUGCAAUCAUCGUUAUCACACAAAUAAAUUAAUGUUCUACCGCUAGUAGAGUCACUGUUUGAAUGCGGGUUGGUUGGUUCGAGUUUGACGCAAAUUCUCAUUAUUUCACAUAUGAUUGAUUCACGACCAUUUAUCAGUUAGGUUUUAUAGCAACUGGAACUGGGCAUAAAGUGCUUAAGGGCAACAAACUGCCUCAGAGGAGCACGCUAAAAUAAAUCGAAAGAAAUUUACUCAAUCUAUGACGACAAAGCAAGCUAUUUGUAAUUAUUGAUAAGUGUGGCAUCUUAUCCUUUUUCUUCUUGUAAAAAAUCGGUUCUUCUUAUUUCUAUCUAUCCUAACUCACAUAAAACAAUGAUAAAAUUACAUAUUUCUAGGCCAGUUGCAUUUGCAUUUAUUUCAUAGUGAUCUAAUUACAAGGUCACAUCCUUCUGAUUAUAACGUAGGUACGCAGUGUAACACAUCAGUCAUAAGCAGCUGAACUAUUUUGUUAUCUUUACAUACAUACAUUAGACACAUCCGUUUCUCUUUUUAUAAAUUACGUAUCUACAAUCUACAUGUACUUAGAUACAUAGCUACAUUGUUCUGCAAUACAAAAUAUUUAAGCAUCCGUCAUCACCUAAUUGAUUCGUACUUUUUGCCCUUCUAAUCUUAUCCUGUAUUUUUUUUCCUAAUUUUAUAAUAUAGUAGGUACAAAUUCUGAUUUGUACAUCAUCAUUAAAGCCUGGAAAAUAACAGAGCAAAUAGAUGGAUUUAAGAUCAGACAAACGACGAUAGAAAAUGUAUUGUAGGAAAUAGUCUGAGACGGAUAUGACGUCGCUCGAUUUCGUGUUGGCUCGUGCCGACGCUAGGUGGCUUCGGCUACCGACAUGUUUCCAUAGAGAGUAGGGAGUUAGAGAGGGGUAGCGAUCGGUUGGCGGGAACUUGCGAAAUAAGGCGCCCAUCCUAUGGUCGGCUUCAGUAUGCUCGAGGCGUUCGAGCCGUUCACAUUUCUUGUUGUGUCUUUAUGGGUUACUUGGGAUAGAGUAACUUGAGUGGAAAAGGGGAGUAUUUGUUUACAGUCAAAGGAUCCUUUAACCCUACACACAGCGUUCACAAGUGCGUGACUCCACUAAAGAUCAUUCUCUGCUACUCUAGGGUCUUAUUUUGGUUACAGUUCGAUUUGUUAAUUAAAUUGUCCUGACAAAUAUUGUGAAUCAUAGCCGUUGUUCAACAUUGCUUUUCUUAUUUUUUUUUAAUCUAUUUUUGAAGCUUCUGCUAAAACUACGUGUUUCAGUGGUUCUUCCUUAUUCUUCAAAAUUGCUUGGGAUCUACGAAUCUGCUUCGAUUGUCGAUUCAUUUUACAAAACAAUGGCGAUGUAGACUGAAACGUAAACAGGAGAAUGAAUGCAAUAUGGUUUAAAUCGGGGCAGGUCUGUUAUGUGUUAUACGAUGGACCAACGUCUAUUUAUCUUACAACGGUUGCUACAAAUCUAUGCAUGGAUCGGAUAUGAGUGUAACUUGGUAAAGAGGACAGACAGGUAAUAGAAGAAGGUAUUCGACUGAAACGUGAAUGUUGAAAUGGAUGUGUGGUUUAAUAAGAUAAGAUUAAAAAAUAGUACCUACAUAAGGGGAAGGUUAAAA